UGUCAUAAUAACUUGAAAUGAAAAGAGACUCAUUUAAUUAACAUUUAUUUAUGUGUGUGGUGCAUGAAGGAAUAGUGUCAAAAUACGCUUAGUGUUUCGUAUUAUUAUUAAUGAAAAAUGGCUAACUUCGAGUAUUACUUAAAUUAAUUAAAAUAAACCAUCAAAACAAAUCGAAAAAAAAACGACGAUAAAAAGAAAAUAAAUGAAAUGUAAAUAUAAUUGCGUGUAAAUUUAGCCAGUGUGCUUUGCUGUUAGUUGUUCAAUUGAACAAAACAAAUUUAAAAAAAAUAACUCCGUGUUUUCUGCAUAAUAGGUAUAUAAAUAUAUAAACAGUUACAAACAUUCGAUUUUGUGUUGGAUCUUUUAUGAAGACGACGAAAAUUGUUCAUCGAAGUAGGCUGUUUUAUGUAGAGAAGCCGAAAGGAAGAAAUACAAAUAAAUAAUUUAUAUUUCGUGAUUAUUCUCAAACCAAACUCAUUAAGAUAAAAACAAGCAGUCAUGGAUCUCGUUGAUAUUGAUAAGGUCUUAGAUAACUUAGAACUUAACGAAGAACAACAGCGUAAAGAAAAAACGCCAAUUUUAAAACAAAGCCAGCCUUCAGAAUCACAAAUUUCGUCGGCAUCACAUUUUAAUGAAUCGGACCAAAGUAUUAAUUAUGUUGCCUCAGCAACACUUAAUACAAUACAAGAAGGAGAUCGCGUAAAUAGAUUUGUAGGAGUUUCUCAAGUCUUUAACAGCUUAGAAGAUUAUCGAAAAAAUAUUGAAAGCUUAGAUUUGUAUACCAAUAAUACAAAAAACGAUAAUACAAAUUAUGAAAGCUUAAAAAGUGAUGAUCAUACACUUCUUAUUCGGAACGAUGGGAAUGUCGAUAAUGUUAGGGAAGAAAAGGUUCGGCAGGAUGACGUGGAUGAAGAUGGAGAUGAAGAUGAUGCAUAUGCAGGCGAUGAAAUCAAUAAAUUCGUUGGUACAGAUGAAUACGGAUUUUCAUCAAAUUCCAUAACAACAUCCUCAUCGUCGACGUUUUCUUCUGGACCAUCACCGGCUUUAAUGUCAUCAGAAUCUGAACCAGAAUCUUCUCUAAAUGCUAAAGUAGAACUAGAAGCUCGGAGUUUGAACCUAAAUAAAGACGAAAGUACAGCUAGUGAUGACGUUGAUUCGAUUCAGCCAAAUGAAAAUGGAUGUUCUAGCAGUGACAAUAAUAGACUAUGGCAACAACAACAACGUUCUGAUUUUGAUGAUUUAGCUAUUGGUUUAUCAUCAAUCUCGCUCACCACACAUCAAGAAAGUAAUUUAUCAGAAAGUCCAUUAGCUUCAGUAAGCAGCAAAUUUUUGUUGAAAUCAGAAAACUUAAGUUCAUCUCUAUCUCUAUCAAAAACAACUAAGAACUUUCCGAACUCAGAUGAACAACCAAAAGAAUUGCCUAAACAAAAAAUCGAUGGAAGAGGCGAAGAUUCCUCGGUGGAAGAAGAAGACAUGGUACCAGCGACACAGCAAAAUGUAAUGGUUACAUUUAGUUCAACAAUGGAUGAGAUAUCUGACACAGAACUUGAUAGUAUUCUCCAGGAAAUUGAUACAGAAACGCAUUCACAAAAUCUUAUAUCACCUGAGAUACAUGAUAUACCUGUCGCCGCUGGUAGUAGUGGUAGCAAUGAAGUGAUAAAUAAAAUACAAACAAGUAAUGAACCAGGUCAGCAGGAAAUCAAAUCAAAUAUCAUUUCAUCGAAUAGUAACACAUCACUUGUUGCUCAGAAAUUUUCCGGCGAUGUCGAUGGGAUGAUGAAUAUUGAUAGUUUUUCACAAGCUUCUACUUUAGAAUUUACUGAGGAUCGACCUGAUGUCGAAGAUGACAUUGACAAGCAGAGCAUGGUCAAUUUAGACGAAAACGAAAUGUGUGAUGAAGGAGAAAGUCGAGAAAAGAAGGACAUACAAAAACGUCAAAGGCCUACAACACUUGAUUUGCCUGUUAGAAAAAUCAAUUUGUACGCAACAGCUGGCCAAACGCCACCGGGGUCGCGUAUUUAUGAUCAGGCAACAUCAUCUUCCGAUGAAGAUACACCCCAGGACAAACAAGGUGCAAUAAAAUGUGAUGAAGAUAUUAAUUUUAAUGACGGUGCUGGUCACACGCCACCAGAACGAUCUGAUCGGACAGUUUGUUUCGGCAGUGACGAGGCUUCUGGCAUAUCUGCUAUGCAAGCUUCAAAUGUCGAUGAACCAAUGAUUGCUGAAGAAAGUACAGAUGCUGAAGUUCAAAUGGCACCAUCAGUGUCAGAGUCAGUACUUGUUCCACCUACAGAAAAUCUUACACAAGAACCUAUAACGAAUACUAUUGUGCCCACUUUAAAUAAUAAUAACAUUGGAAAAGUUCCACCUAUAUGGGUGCCCGAUCAAGAGGCAAAUGCAUGCAUGCAAUGUCAACAUAAAUUUACUUUACUCAAGCGACGUCAUCAUUGUCGGGCAUGUGGCCAGGUCCUGUGUUCGGUGUGUUGUUCACAGAAGUUUAAAUUAGAGUUCCUUUUAAAUCUAGAAUCACGUGUCUGCGUUCAAUGUUUUCUCAUUUUAACGAAACUUACACAACAAAAACUACUUAUCAAUGAUCAACAAAUGAAUUCCCCGUCAACUGUUCAAGAGCAACAAAUGCCACAAUCAAUUUCAUCCCCAAACCCUAACAAUCCAAUGGAAUAUUGUUCAAAAAUUCCCCCACAUCGUCAAGUUAAUCCACAUGCAAUGUCAAUGUGUCCCACAGUGAUUGUUCCAGUUGGUGUUCUGAAGAAAGAAGGCAUUCCGUCGAAGAGUCGAAAGCGUAAAUCAGUGAUGUUUAGCGAUGGUAUACGACCUGGAAGUGAUUUGGCUAGCUUAGAUGCAAAAUGGAGUGAUGCUAAGCAUGCACGUAAAUCUAUGCCAGGUAACAAUCCAGCAUCAGUUAAUCCAGCUGAAUGUACACCUUUGAAUGCUGAGAAUAAUAAAAUGAUCACAAAAAAUAAUUUCAAAUCUAUUGUUUUAAUGGAUGAUGGAACUGGUUGCUACAUACCAACAACUGGAGAAAAUUCCUUGCCGCCAAUAAUGAUAACAAAAAAAAACGAGAAACAAUACCAAGAAGUAGCAAACAAUGCGGACCUUAUAAAAAGACUACAAUCCGAGAGUUUGAAAUUUGUUAUACAAAAUAACUUCUUUGUUUUUGUAAAAAUUUCUUAUUUAAAAUGUUGCAUCAACAAAACAGUCAUAAAUUUUACAACUAACGGUCUAAAUAACGUUGGCAACGAUGAAAUAAUCAUUCUGCUCGAACUUGACAAUUCGAAUAAAAUUCCUAAAGACAUUUUUGUUCACUUGAAUGAAAUUUACUGGGAAGCAAGUCGUGGUCAUCCCAUCACCGAACUUGGAUUUUCUAUGCCAAAGCAUCUACAAUUUCUUGGCUCACGUGAACAUGGCGGUUUUUUGUUUAUACGAUCGACUUUUCAAUGUUUACUGGAUGUGCAUGUUCCAGAACCGCCAUUUCUUAUUGGUGUAUUGAUUCAUCGAUGGGAAGUACCAUGGGCUAAGAUAUUUCCACUGAGAUUAAUGUUGCGUCUUGGCGCACAUUACCGUUACUAUCCAUCUCCCCACAUAUCAGUAAGGGAACGUGAGCCUGUAUAUGCAGAAAUUGCACAGACAAUAAUAAAUUUACUGGCAGAUUUUCGAAACUACAGCUAUACCCUUCCGACAAUAAAAGGAAUGUAUAUUCAUAUGGAGGAUAGACGAACAAAUAUUCUUAUUCCACGAAAUCGACAAGAUGAGAUUGUAAAAGCUAUAAACAAUUCGAGCGAUCAUAUUUUAGCGAUGGGAGCGAAUUUUUCCAAAAAAGCCGAUGGACAUUUAGUUUGCAUACAGAACAUCAAGCAACAAAGUGGCGAUUCACAUGCUUAUUCUACUCAAGCUAUUAAUAUUCAGGGUCAACCCAGAAAAGUUACUGGGGCAAGUUUUUUUGUAUUUAACGAAGCGUUAAAAUCAACCAGUGGACUCUCUGGCAAAUGCAGCAUUAUAGAGGAUGGAUUAAUGGUGCAAAUUUUACCAUCAAAAAUGGCUGAAAUAAGACAUUCGCUUAAAAAUAUGAAAGACAUAAAUAUAAUUUGUGGACCUAUUGAUGCUGACGAACAACAAAGUGAAGUAGUUCAUGUCCAAUGGGUGGAUGAUGAUAUCGAAAUAAAUAUAGGGGUAAGAUCUCCCAUUGAUUUGAAGAAAAUGGAUGGAAUACCAAGUAUAAGAGUACAUUCAGGUUUUACGUUAUCGAACAAUAACCACAUUCUUAAAUGGACCGAAGUUUUUAUAAUAGAGAUAAGUGGGGAAAAUGCAACGUGUAAGACAUCGGUUGAUAUAUCUAAAGUAUCCGAACAAAUUGCCAGAAAUGCAUCUAUAGCUCUUUUGCCGUUUUUAGAUUUACUUGUGGCAAAUGGCAGUGUCAAAAUUGGAUUGAGAGUAACUUUGAACAAUGACAAUGUUUGCUAUGAAGCUGGAAGUCAAAAUGAAAAGUUGCCUCCGCUAUACAUGAAUGCUCUCGACAAUGAAUUGAUUCAAUCAUUGCAUAAACAGGCUAAUGAUAUUGGGAAGACAAUAGUGUUAGAGUUAAUAUUUCAUAUUCUAAAUGUACAUAUAAAUGUAUAAAAGCAAGUCAUUAAUUAACAACCACAAAAAAAAAAACUAAUCUUCAUGUAUGUAUUUCAUCAAAUAUAGUCUGAGGUAUUUUAGGAUAUUUUGUUAAAUAAUAAUAUAUAUAAUAUAUGAACUUACAAAAUAAUGUUUGUUUUGGAUUUCUUAUUGUUUGUGAAUCUCUUUCAUAUUUACGCAUUAAUUUAAAUAGAAAUGUAAUUAUUAUAUAAAUAAAAACGUUGUGUUUGUAAAUUCAUAUGUGAAAUAAAACUGUUAUGUUAAUUAUAUAAAACUAUAAAAAUAAUAUAAAUAAAUGAUGUACGUAAAAUUAAUAUGAACAAGCUGUGGAUAAUCGUCAGAAAAAAAGAUAAAAUGUAUGCUAUUUUUUUUGUUUAAUUCUUGUACAUCAUUAAACAAAAUACAGAUAUCAUAUCAUAUGCCAACAA